AUGCACACAAUACUUUUCUCACUUUUAUGUAUCCUUCCAUAUGUUAUAGCUCAAAAUUCUACCGUACUAUAUUCAAUAUAUCCAUGGUUACGACUACCGCCAACUCCUCAAUUUUCUUCUUCUCCUCUUUCGAGUCACAGUGUUCAGAUCAAUGAUAUCCUUAUAUGGUACUCUGUUUAUGGUUCAAAGGAGGGUAUUCCUGUUCUCUUUCUUCAUGGUGGUUUUGCCCAUAGUGAUUAUUGGGCAUUACAAGUUGAACAGCUUAAAUCAUCGUAUACAUGUAUACUUAUGGACUCUCGAGGACACGGUAGAAGUACAAUGUCAUCUGCAAAUAUUACAUACGAUUUGAUGACAUCUGAUGUUGUUGCUUUGCUGAAUCAUCUUGGCAUUCAACGAACACAUCUAGUUGGCUGGAGUGAUGGAGCGAUUAUUGGUCUUAAUUUAGCAAUGAAAUAUCCAAACAAACUGAGUUCAUUGUUUGCAUUUGCUGCAAACUACAUUCCUUCUGGUACGAAAGAUGUUUUUGCUUCGUCUGUUUUUACAGCCUUUUUUGCACGAACUCAAGUCGAGUAUCAAGCAUUAAAUCCGAUGAAGAAAAAUUAUCCAAAUUUAUACAAUAAUCUAACAACAAUGUGGGCUACUCUUCCAAAUUGGUCUCAAGAAGAUUUUGCAAAAAUUGAUAAAAAUUUGCCCGUUUGGAUAGUUGAUGGUGAUCAUGAAGAAGCUAUUUUUCCAGAUCAGCCUAAUACGAUGACUAGUUGGAUUCCACAAGCAGGAGAACUAAUUUUACCAAGAACGAGUCAUUUUGCGUUCAUUCAGGAUCCUGAACUUUUUACUGUAUCAUUGGCAAGAUUUUUAACCGAGGCAUCUUGUUUUGAAUGUAAUAGUACGACAUUAAUACAAUCAUCAGCUAUCAAUAUCUUUUAUGCAUGCAUACAUAAGUGUGUUUUUCUUGCUCUGUUCAUUCAAUUAAUUGAUUUUUUUUGUUGA